GCGCGGCGCUGGAUUUGUGACGUCAGGCCGCCCCGCCAGGCUGGGAACGGGCGGCAGCUCUCUAGAGUCGCUUCUCUCCGUGUGAAGUGCCGCCUCCCCUCCCGCGGCCCGCCCGCUUGCCUUGCCGCCGCCUCCCUUGCUCCCUCUACCCGCCGAGCGCGGGCCAGCAGCCCGAGCGGAGGCCCGGGGCGACGAGGCGUGGAGAGGGCGGGCGGGCUUCGGAGCGCCGGGAGGCCCGGGUCUGCGGCCGGUCGGUGCGCGGCGGGCGGGCGGCGGGCGCCGGUCUAUAUGGCGGCGGCUCUUUCGGGCCUGGCUGUCCGCCUCUCGCGCUCGGCCGCCGCCCGCUCCUAUGGGGUCUUCUGUAAGGGGCUGACCCGCACGCUCCUCAUCUUCUUCGACCUGGCCUGGCGGCUGCGCAUCAACUUCCCCUACCUCUACAUCGUGGCUUCCAUGAUGCUCAACGUCCGUCUGCAGGUUCACAUUGAGAUCCAUUGAAGGCCUUCUGCUACUGACCAAGGCGUGUCCUCAGGCUCUUCGCACCAGGGAGCACCCAGCAUGAGGUCUGGAGGUGUGGCUCUUGACACCCGCCUGGCAAAAGCCAAGGGAGUGGUGGCUGAGCUGUCACACAGACUCAAAAAAACAAGAGAGGCGAACCCCUGCC